CCAACCCAACCCAACCCAACCCUCUCUUCUCUCAUUUUCCUUCCCUUCCUUUCUACAGCAGCUUCUCCGUUAUUCAUUCCCCUUUUCCGUUUCUCUUCCCACAACACCCCUCAAUUCCUUGCCACCUUUUCUCCUUUUCAGCUUCCCAACGUUCUAAUCCAUGGCAGAAGAAGAAGCUAAGAAGGCCGAGUCCGAAUGCCCUGCCCCCGCCCCUCCCGUCGCCGAUCCUCCAGCAGCUGCCGCUCCUGCUGACGAACCACCAAAGGACGUGGCCGAGGAGAAAUCCGUAAUUCCGGUCACUCCUCCUUCAGAGGAAAAGUCCGAUAAACCUGAUGAUUCCAAGGCCAUCGUUCCCGUUGAGAAGGUGGCAGAAGCUGCAGUGGAAGAGGCAAAGCCUGCCGAGGGCUCUAUCAAUCGAGAUGCUGUGCUUGCCAGAGUUGAAACAGAGAAGCGGACUUCUCUCAUCAAAGCUUGGGAAGAGGCCGAGAAGAGCAAAGCUGAGAACAAAGCUCAGAAGAAGCUUUCUGGAAUCGAGUCAUGGGAGAACAGCAAGAAAGCGAACAUCGAGGCGGAGCUCAAGAAGCUAGAGGAACAACUGGAGAAGAAGAAAGCAGAGUACACCGAGAAGAUGAAGAACAAGAUCGCAGAAAUCCACAAGCAAGCCGAGGAGAUGAGAGCCAUGACCGAAGCGAAACGAGGCGAAGAGCUGCUGAAAGCAGAGGAGAUUGCUGCAAAGUAUCGCCCCACAUGAUAUGACAGUAAGAGUUUGGAGGAUUUUUAGAGAUAAGUUUGAGCGGUAGCGGUGUGAUAUUUACUUUCCCAAAACUUGAUCUGAUCCAGACUAUUACAGACCAUAUAUACUAAGCUAAAGUUCUGUCAGGUGCCCAAAAUAAACCUAUAUGACACCCUUAACAUUAUAAACCGACUUCACUAUAAACCGACUUCAGAACAGAACACCAGCAUCCUUAAGUCUUCACAUCAGUAUCUUCCGGCAACACCCCCCCUCAAGCUGGGGCGUAGAUAUCUAGACGACCCAUCUUGGACAUGAUACCCUGAAAAACUGCAACCGGCAACGAUUUCGUGAACAUAUCGGCUAAUUGAUUGGAAGAGGAAACAUGCAUUACCUUGAUAUUCCCUGCAAUGAUCUGAUCACGUAUGACAUGACAAUCAAUUUCGAUAUGCUUAGUACGUUCAUGAUUCACAGGAUUAUCAGCAAGCUUUAUAGCAGAAAGACUAUCACUAUACACAGCAGUAGGGGCAGCAAAAGUAAUGUCCAGAUCAUGCAAUACAUAUCUAAGCCAAAGGAUUUCACAGGUUAACAUGGCCAUGGCUCGAUAUUCUGCUUCGGCAGAGGAUCGUGAUACGGUCUGUUGCUUUUUGGACUUCCAACUUAUCAAGGAAUUACCUAAUAAAACACAAAAGCCUGUGGUAGAUCGUCUAGAAUCUGGACAACCUGCCCAGUCACUAUCCGAGAAGGCAUGCAACCGAAGGGAAGAAAGUUGAGAGAAAAACAACCCUUGACCCGGACUAGCCUUAAUGUAUUUGAGAACUCGUUCAGCAGCAUUCAUAUGUACAUCAGUUGGAGCAUGAUUAAACUGGCUUAACUGGUGGACAGCAUAUGAGAUGUCUGGCCUUGUGUUGCACAAGUAAAGCAAUCUUCCUAUUAAACGCUUGUAAACAGAAAUGUCAGAAAGAAGGUUACCGGACUUGGCAGAGAGCUUUGGACCAGGUGUGGAAGGCGAAUCUGCAGGUUCAGCACUUAACAAACCACAAUCAGCAAGCAAAUCUAAAGCAUAUUUUCUUUGGCAGAGAGAAAUCCCUUUAGAAGUCCUUGCUAUCUCAAAGCCUAGAAAGUAUUUAAGUUCUCCAAGAU